GUUGUAACAUCAAGAGCGCUGAAGACGUGGCUCUGGAUCAACAGUCAGUUGAAAACAUCUGCAAAGGUUAUGGUUUGCUAGCUAUGAAGAUCUUUAUUAGACGAACACCGCGUGUGCUGACGGUUCCACAGGAUGUGUCUGAUAAUGCCUGUUCUGGGUCUGGCAGCUUUGUGAAUAUUCCUGGACUUCUGUCCAUGAUUGAAGUAGCAACUGAUGGCAGUGUCUUUGGUGUCAACUAUCAAGGGAACUUAUACCAAAGAAUUGGUGUCACUCACUCCAACCCUUCUGGCACAGACUGGCAAGCAAUGGUUGCUUGUCCCAACGGCCACAAACACGUCAGCUUUGACCUGGGAGUGCUGUGGGUUGUAUGUGUUGAUGGCUCCAUCCGUAAAUGUACUUUAUAGUUUGUCACUUCAGCAACAGAGGAGUUCAAUCAUUAACAGAAACCUCAAAGUAAUCAGUCAUUAUUAACCCUUUAAAACCUAAGGGUAAAAUAGGUCAUUUUCACACAUUUUGUUUAUUUGACUGUAAAAUUCUAACAGAAUGUGCUAUUUUCAAGUGCAAGGUGUCAUUUUUUUCAGAAAACAAAUGGCUUUCAAAAAAGUACAGUUUUUGACCAUUAAUCUUGUGUUUUGAGUUUGUAAACAGAAUUUAAAUAGACAAAAAUAAAAAAAAAGGAAUAUAUAUAUAUUUUUUUAUUUAGAAAAAAAAGAGAAAAAUCAUGAUCGAAAUAAUCCAACACUUCUUACUUCAAAAUUCAACUAUAAUACAUAUAUACAAGUAUUUUUGGGACACUGGGUUGCACAGUUUUCAUUCAGGAGGCUUUUUUGUUCAUACACGCACACAUUUACACAUGCAUGUACAUGCAUACACCCAUUCAUUUACAU